CUUCAAUUCCCAUUCAGAUCAUAUACAUACUAAACCAUAGUAAUUAAUGAGCAAUUACAUUCCAACUUCCAAGCCUCAUAAUUAGUUUCCAAUCAAGUACAGAAGCACAAACCAAUUAAGUAACCAAUCCAUAGAUUGCUUUUUGCAUAGUAUAUGAAUAUAUCUAAGAUGGGGAGAUCACCAUUAUGUGAAAAGAAUGGACUGAAGAAAGGUCCUUGGACCCCUGAUGAAGACCAAAAGCUCACUGAUUACAUCCAUAAACAUGGCCAUGGAAACUGGAGGGCCCUCCCAAAGAAUGCUGGUUUGGAAAGGUGUGGAAAGAGCUGCCGACUACGUUGGACAAAUUAUCUGAGGCCUGACAUUAAGAGAGGAAGGUUUUCCUUUGAUGAAGAAGAGACAAUAAUUCAGCUCCAUCGUGUCUUAGGAAACAAGUGGUCAGCAAUAGCUGCAAGCUUGCCGGGAAGAACGGACAAUGAAAUAAAGAAUUAUUGGAAUACUCACAUCAGGAAAAGGCUGCUCAGAAUGGGAAUCGAUCCUGUAACCCAUGCCCCCAGAUUUCUUGACUUCUUUCUUCUUCAACAGAUCAGCCUUUCAAGAUUGUUAGGUGGGCUUAGUCCUCACCUUCUCAGCUCUCGUACUGCUUCUCUACUUUCUUCUCAAAGCCCAGGCCCGAUUACGAAUUUGGGCUUCCAAAAUCCACAAGAUUAUACAAUGACCCAAACUAGCCCAAUCCUGAGCCCGGCUCAAGUCACGGAGCAGCCCAAUACGGACCAGCUCCUUGCCGUGGAUGAAAAUUAUUGGCAGCCCAAUGAGUGGGAAAGUUAUAACAAGGUACUACCGCCAUCUAAUUUGACGGGAGGAGAGGACUAUUAUUUGCCGCCUCUUACUGUUGAAGAAGACGGCGGCUACUACGAUGAUCCUCCACCGUCCAUCGGGGGCGGCUAUCCUCCACCAUCCGAUUCGUCAACGCUCUACUCACCAAGCGACGCGAAUGAUUUCAGCUGCUUCCAACCUGCCGCCUUAUUGCCCGAUUUUUCAACGCCGCCGUCGACGUCGUCAAGUAGCCAUUUGACGGCGGAGGAAGAGCUGAAGAUGCAUCAUCGUGACGUCAUCAUCAGCUACUCCGGCCAGCAAGGAAACUAUUCACUUUUGGAGUAGUACAUAUAUGCUGUAGUACAAAAAUGGUAUCAAGAGAAUAUGAAUUAGCUCUAUCUAGUGCUCCUCCGUCUCGACGAUAAAGCAAACAGAUCUCUACAUGUACUCAAAUUAUUUUUAGAAAAAAAAAUUACAUAUUUAGAAACUACAUUAAAAGCUUUACAAAGUCGCAAAAACCAGAAUCAAAUUUGAUAAAAAUUUGAUAUAUAAAGUAAGAGAUUAAGAGUGAUUUACGUUGAUAAGUGAAUAAGAAAAGUAGUUUACAAAAUGGGAUUGAGGGAGUAAUUGUUUUUAUCAUUGAUUAAUUAUUAGUUGUUGGAAGUUAGAAAUGUAUUUGAUCGAAUGGUUAGAUUUAACGUGACAUUCAAAUUAUUAUUAUAUGGAGUAAAUUAU